AUGGUUUGCCAUGAAGAGGAUCAUCGAUAUGGAAACGUCCCUGACCCCUCAGCCAAGAGGGUUGAAUCAAAGAUCUGCUCUGAUGAAGACAGGAACGUGGCUGCUGCAGAGCCCGGUAUAAAACGGUACAGGCUGGCUGCUGUGAUCCUUGGACUCCUGUGUGUGCUACAAGCUGCUCUCAUCAUUUUCCUUCUUCUUUCUCUCUUUUCAGAGAGAGACGAGUUUAAGAGAACCAACGUUGAUGUUGAGGCUGGUUUCAAAAACCUGACUGAGGAGAGAGAUGACCUGAAGAGGAAGCUGAAUAACUCAGUUUCAGAGAGAGACGCCUUGAAGAGAACCAACUUGGAUGUUGAGGCUGGUUUCAAAAACCUGACUGAGGAGAGAGAUGACCUGAAGAGGAAGCUGAAUAACUCAGUUUCAGAGAGAGACGCCUUGAAGAGAACCAACUUGGAUGUUGAGGCUGGUUUCAAAACCCUGACUGAGGAGAGAGAUGAUCUGAAGAGGAAGCUGAAUAACUCAGCUCAAGGAGGAUGGGAGUAUUUCAACGGUAGUUUCUACUACAUUUCUUCUAUCGAGAAAACCUGGCAACAGAGUAGAGAUGACUGUCGUCAAAAGGGUGCAGACCUUGUGAUUAUCAACAGCAAAGAAGAACAGGAUUUCACAAGAAAAUUUAAGAAGAGUCUGUGGAUUGGCCUGACUGACUCAGAGACAGAGGGGACGUGGAAAUGGGUGGAUGGGACUCCACUGACCACAAGGUUCACACAUUUUUAUCAUUCGGUCCAUUCAAACUAAAUCACUAUCUUGUGCUUCUUGGGUUGUGUUCUCUGAUAAAAGCUCUUUUUUUCAGCUACUGGAUUUCCGGGGAGCCUAACGAUGUGAACGAUGAAGACUGUGUGGAAAUACAGAAUUUUUAUUCAGAAAAAAGCUGGAAUGAUCGAAGAUGUUCCCUUCCACUUAACUGGAUCUGUGAAAUGAAAGUCCGUCAAUAACUCUGCAACCAAACCCACCAGACAGAAAACUAAGGAUGAUAAAUAUAGUGCAUAUAGUACAAUUUAAAUCUUCACAUAAGCAACCUGAAUAUGCUCAUGUGAACACAUAAU